GCUGUUCGCCCGCAGAGGAGAGGCCGAAGAUGCUAAAGCGGGAAAAAUCACAUAAAAAAAGAUUGAAGGCACACAGUGGUCAUCAUGGGCGAGAUAUUGAAAGAUGGGCGAGAUUUAUGAAACCUGCUGUUAAUCUAAAAUUCACUGAUACUGUGCGGUGUGAUGAAAAGCGCAGCCUGAGAGCAGCACGGAUUGCCUUAUCUUAUUUCAAUAAGCAGGUUCCUCAUGUGAAGUAUGAGCUUGUUCGAGCUCUUGGCUGUAUUGAUACGAUGUCUCCAAGCACUUUCCUUCCUGCAUGCAUGCAUUGCAACUUCAUUGCUAGGCCGAAAAAUAAAAGUAAGGGAGCCCCGGUGACAGAGGAGAAUAAUAAGCUCUUUUUCGGGGAAGUUGAAUGUUCAGGUAGGAGCUCACGCUGCAGUUUUUGCUGCAUCUUGGGGCAAACGGGUACUGUGACUGGUAAUUGUGGCUGUCGUUUGUUUUGUCGUGACUAUCCUGAACUCAUCCAACAUCCUAAAGGCGGUGGAUUCAGAAUGACUUACAAAAGAGAUUAGGGUAUCUCUGAUGUUGUAUCUUAAUCCCAAAAAAGAUUAGGGUUGGUUACUUGGUUAACAUGAAUAGACGAUUUUGUUUGUUUGCAUUGUAUAUAAUAAUUAAUACUGUCCUAA